GCAAAGCCUACCUUCCUUCCUGGUACGCGCUACACAUACACGUCUCUCUCUCUCUCUCUCUCUUUAUCCGUGUCUGCUACAACCACAAUGCUGAACAAUUCGCAAGAUAUAAACCCACCCAUUUAUCCCCUUCAACCCAUUUCACCCCUUUCACCGUGUUUGGAUUGGAUCUAAGACGUUGUUUUUGCUUCAUCCAAACUACUCAAUGGGUGCCGACGAAGACUACGACUACUUGUUCAAGCUGGUCCUCAUCGGAGACUCCGGCGUCGGCAAGUCCAACCUCUUGUCCCGAUUCACCCGAAACGAGUUCAGCUUGGAGACCAAAUCCACCAUCGGCGUCGAAUUCGCCACUCGAAGUGUCCCCGUUGAUAGCAAGCUCGUCAAGGCACAAAUCUGGGACACUGCAGGCCAAGAAAGAUAUCGUGCAAUUACAAGUGCAUACUACCGAGGAGCCGUGGGUGCUUUGAUCGUGUACGAUGUAACCCGACACGUGACAUUCGAGAACGUGGAGAGAUGGUUGAAGGAGCUUCGGGAUCACACAGAAGCAUACGUUGUGGUCAUGCUGGUGGGAAACAAAGCAGACCUUCGACAUUUGCGUGCAGUGUCCACAGAAGAAGCCACAGAAUAUGCGGAGAAAGAGAACAUCUACUUCAUGGAAACCUCUGCCCUUGAGUCCCUGAACGUAGGCAAUGCUUUCGUAGAAGUGCUGACUCAGAUAUACAACGUUGUGAGUAGGAAGACUCUUGAGACCAUGGAUGAUGACCCUAAUUCAAAAGCCUUACCCAAAGGGGAAACCAUCGUUAUUGGAACCAAAGAUGAUGAUGUCUCAGCUGUUAAAAAGAGUGGAUGCUGUUCCACAUAGUUUGUUUGAGAGAGAGAUGCAAAAGAGUCUCUUGGUUAAGCAGUGUAACAGGAUGUUUUUGUCGAUUCAUUGUUUUAUUUUGUUCAAUUUUUGGUUGGUGAUGUAUACGAUUGAUUGGCCUCAACUGCUCCUUUUCAGUGGACCUGUGGUCAUAAUACAGGUUUUAUAUUCAAAUCCCUGCCUUGUUCUGUAUUUUUACAAUUACUUACACUACACCCAUAACAAAUCUCGUUAUUUUUCAA